AUGUCACCGGGCGCAUACUUCCUGCGCGAUGAAGUCGUUAUCCACAACGACACGUCCAGUGCGUGGGUCAUCGUCCACGGAACGGUCAUCGAUGUGUCGCCGUUGUUUCGAGCCGCUCACGAGCAGAAACUCCCGCUGAAGAAGAGCCUCCGGUGGCUGCUGGCGUUGGCGGGCAAAGACUUGAGCGCGUUCUUCCACUCCGGCCUCGCGCCGAUCGAGCGCGUCAAUCGAAACGGCGAACGGGUUCCGGUCUUUGUGCCCGCUAUGGAGCGUAAUCCUGCCACCGGCCUCCGCUGGCCACGCGAUCCUUCCCUCGUCCUCGGCCGCAUCACGUUCCGCCCGUGUCCGCUCCGGAUCAUCAACGCGCUGACAUUCCACGCGACGGAAAUGGUCGUUUGCUACGAAGAUACGAUCGUGCGGAUCCGCGACAAGUUCCUCCGCUACAACGACAACGCGGCGCAGUAUGAGUGGCGCAAGGAUCUGGCGUUCGGCCAGCAGGAGGGAAAACUGCACAUGGAAAAGACGCUCGCUGGGAAUGGCUUCCAGAUCGAUCUGCACUUUAGACCCGUAUCGGUAAUUUGGAUUUUUUACAUUCUCCCUCCGAACGACUGGAUUGAAAAGUCGGACUCAAAAAUGUCGUUCACCCGCAGUAGCUAA